AGGGGGGAGUGUGUGUGUGUGUGAGUGUGUGUGUGUGUGUGUGUGAAAGAGGGAGAGGGAGCGAGAGAGCGAGAGAGAGGGAGAGAGAGAGGGAGAGAGAGGGAGGGAGAGAGAAAAGAAGAGGGGGAAAAAAAGGAAAGAAGAUUUUCUCUAUGUAUAUAAAGAUGGCCACGUUAGCAAACGGACAACCAGACAAUACCAGCCUGAGUAGCAAUCACAGCAACCCCAGCACCAACGGGCAUAUGAACGGAUUAAACCAUAGUCCCGGAAACCCAUCCACCAUCCCAAUGAAGGACCACGAUGCCAUUAAGCUCUUUAUUGGGCAGAUCCCCCGUAACCUGGACGAGAAAGACCUCAAACCGCUCUUCGAGGAGUUCGGGAAGAUCUAUGAACUGACGGUGCUGAAGGACAGGUUCACUGGCAUGCACAAAGGCUGUGCCUUCCUAACAUACUGCGAAAGGGAGUCUGCUCUAAAGGCCCAGAGCGCACUGCAUGAACAGAAGACACUGCCAGGGAUGAACAGACCGAUCCAGGUGAAGCCAGCGGACAGCGAAAGCCGAGGAGGUAGUGAGUGUCUCAGGCAAGAUCCAAAGCACAGAAAACUCUUUGUGGGCAUGCUCAAUAAGCAGCAGUCGGAAGACGAUGUGCGCAGGCUAUUUGAGGCAUUUGGCAACAUCGAGGAGUGCACGAUCCUUCGGGGACCCGAUGGCAACAGCAAAGGGUGUGCGUUUGUGAAAUACUCUUCACAUGCAGAGGCCCAGGCUGCCAUCAAUGCCUUGCAUGGCAGCCAGACAAUGCCGGGAGCCUCUUCAAGCCUGGUGGUGAAGUUUGCGGACACGGACAAGGAGCGUACAAUGAGGCGCAUGCAGCAAAUGGCUGGACAAAUGGGCAUGUUCAACCCCAUGGCCAUCCAGUUUGGAGCCUAUGGAGCCUAUGCACAGGCACUGAUGCAGCAGCAAGCGGCGAUCAUGGCCUCGGUGGCGCAGGGCGGAUACCUGAACCCCAUGGCCGCCUUCGCCGCGGCCCAGAUGCAGCAGAUGGCGGCUCUGAACAUGAACGGCCUGGCAGCCGCCCCCAUGACUCCAACCUCAGGUGGAAGCACGCCUCCUGGCAUAACUGCACCAGCUGUGCCUAGCAUCCCAUCUCCAAUUGGGGUGAAUGGUUUCACUGGCCUCCCGCCGCAGGCUAAUGGGCAGCCAGCUGCUGAAGCCGUGUUUGCUAAUGGCAUUCACCCUUACCCAGCACAGAGCCCCACUGCAGCAGACCCCUUGCAGCAAGCCUACGCUGGAGUGCAGCAGUACGCAGGUCCUGCUUAUCCUGCUGCUUAUGGCCAGAUUAGCCAAGCAUUCCCACAGCCACCUCCCAUGAUCCCACAGCAACAGAGAGAAGGACCAGAGGGCUGUAACCUGUUUAUCUACCAUCUGCCCCAGGAGUUUGGGGAUGCUGAGCUGAUGCAGAUGUUCCUGCCUUUCGGUAAUGUCAUCUCCUCGAAAGUGUUUGUGGAUCGGGCGACAAACCAAAGUAAAUGCUUUGGUUUUGUGAGUUUUGACAAUCCUGCCAGUGCCCAAGCUGCUAUCCAGGCCAUGAAUGGAUUCCAGAUUGGCAUGAAGAGGCUGAAGGUGCAGCUGAAGAGGCCAAAGGAUGCUAAUCGUCCCUACUGA